UGUAUGUUCUAUUCUCCCACAUUAGUUUGUGUGAACUCGCUUCUCUGUCGUGGUUCCGUGUAAUCUCUUUCUUCAGUCGCUACUGAAUCACUGCCUUGCAUUUUAUUCAAUAGGAUCGUACACACACACACACACGCAAAUUUUUGUCUAGAUAGAUUUAUUCUUCGAUUUCCCGUAACAAACCAUUAACAAAAGAUGUCUGGAAAUCCCCCCGCGAAAGAUACGUCGGUGCUUUGUGUGUUGACUGGAGCCAGUCGUGGUUUGGGACAGUGUUUGGCCGUGGCAUUGAGUCAAACGUUCAAAUCCAACUCGGUUUUCAUCCUCCUAGCUCGAUCGAUGGACGAUUUAGAAGCUGUCAAAGAAGAAAUGCUACAGAUCUCCAAUCUUUCCCCCGAUCACAUACUUCCGUUUUACUUCGACCAGGGCCAAUUCUCUGCAGAUGUCGCAACGAAACUAUUCGAAGAUAUUCGAGCACAGCUAAAUAAACUCCAACAACAUUUCCACAAGUAUUUACUGAUUCACAACAGUGGUACCCUGGGCGAUAUCUCCAAGAAAUCUUCACAGUUCGGGGACUUCGAUGAAAUCAGUUCUCAUUUCAACGUCAACGUAAGUGGAAUGAUUGCUUUGAAUACCAAAUGUCUGGAACUCUUUGACGACAACAGCAAAUGUAUAAUAGUCAACAUUUCAUCACUAGCAGCUAUCCAACCUGUGAAUUCCUUCUCCUUAUACUGCACCAAUAAAGCAGCUCGGGACAUGUUUUUCAAAGUGUUGGCUGGAGAAGAGAAAGAUCUUCGUAUAUUAAAUUAUGCUCCUGGGCCACUUGAUACAGACAUGCAAAAGAAUAUUCGCGGAAAUGCAGUCGAUGAUACAAUCAGACAACAAUUUACAGAACUGUUCAAUUCAUCAAAACUGGUCACCUGUGAAGAGAGUGUUGAGAAGUUGAUAGACCUUCUAGAGAAGGAUACAUACACCAGCGGAGACCAUAUAGACUAUUACGAUGACUAAAUACUUUUUAAGUCACACCCUGUGUCUUGAGUCAACAAAUUUGUGAUUAUGUGUUCGGAAACCGAUGUCCAUGUGUUAAAAUUAAUUUUGGAAAAAGAAUUAAUGAAAUGGGGAAAAAUUUAGUUGAAUGACUAAGGUGUUGGUAGUAGAUAGGCUACAGUAUUUCUGGUUUAAUACACUGCUUCAGUUAAUUUUGAGAAUGAAGAAUUUAGUAAUAUAACUUACUCGUUAUAAAAUGAUACUAAUAAUAAUGAACUUACUGUAUACAAACUCAGGUGCUCUAAAACUCAUCAGAAAAAGUAACCAAAAUUUCAUGAUGGGUACAUAGAAUAUGCACAGGACAUAAACAGUUAAAAAGUUGUUUGUUUUUUUUUGCAAAAAAUAACAUGGGUAUGGGGAAUUAGAUGUACUGUUUACGAGUUUCAGGAAGUUUUGAAGGAUGUAGUGUCCCAAAGGCCAUCAGGGUAGUUUAUUCCAUGCUUCAGCAAUUCUGAAUGUG